CAGAACUAGAGGAACAUGGCUGAUGCAAGGCAAGUGCUGCUGCUGCUCUGCUUGGGAAUAUAUAUUUCGGUGGCUUCCGCUGGCACGAUCAAUGGCCUGCAUCACGGAUCCACAUGCCACAACGAUGACAUUCCCAUGUGCGCACGGAGUCGCGACAACGGCAUGUACUUCCUGUUCAGCAACGAGUGUGAACUGCGAAAGGCCCAGCAGGGCAACCUCAUGGGUGCACCCCUGUAUGAUGUGACUCUGCGGCACUGCUACCCCAAUUGUGACUUCCAGUGCGUGAAUGGGUAUCAGCCCGCCUGCGGGGUGAGUGCGAACACUGGGGAGCGCCGCACCUUUCGGAAUCGGUGUGAAAUGGCGCGCACUUCGUGCUUGUCGCAGUCCGACUGGGCGGUGUACAGGUGGGGCGUGUGUCCCAAGGCCAGCAGGCAGACUCUGACCCAGCAUACAUCGCCAUACGGGGGCAAGAACAAGCGGCCGGAGCCGGUGCCGGUGCCAGUGCCAGUGCCAGUGCCCUGCACCGGGAUCUAUCGUCCGGUGUGCGCCGUAUAUGCGGGCGUAAAGUCUACAUUUUCGAAUGAGUGCUUGGUAAACGCAGAGAACAUUAAGACACAGAGAAAUUGGCGCAUAGUUUCCGAGGGACUUUGUGGCGAGGACAGCACCAAAAUGAAGCACAGUCGCCAAUAUAAGCCACGGGCCAAGCCAAAACUGGAUGCGGAUCGGACCAAGCGCAGUCCCAGUAAGCAGUCCAAUCAGGUGGAAGACUUCCAGAUACCCGAGGACGCAGUGCAAAUCUAUGCCCCCUCCACAUUCCACACCCAGUUCAUCAGCAACACAGGCACCAUGGAGAAGAGCUACUCCCUACCGGCUCGCAGGCCCUAUGUGGUGCCCGCGCCGAAACUCAGGCGAGUCUAUGGCAGGGCCACCACCACCCCCAAAGGCAUGGCUACCAAAGGCCCCAUGAAGCUGGCCUCCUGCGUGUUUGGCAACGAGCCUGUGUGUGGCAGCUUCAACGGAGAGAGACGCACAUUCCCGAAUGUGUGUGCUCUCAUGGAGCACAGCCAAAGCAUCGGCAACGCAUGGACCAUUUUACACGACGGCUCCUGCCGGCACUGCGACAAGCCCUGCCCUUCGGUCUUUCAGCCUGUGUGUGCCAGUCGCAAUGGUGUACAGCACACAGUCAUCAAUGAGUGCUAUCUGGAGCGAGUGCGUUGCAAGGAUCCCAGCAUUGUCUGGCAGAUCAUCCACAAAGGCGAGUGUGUAAAGGCCAGGGGAACGAUAAAGCCCAAGGUGCCUGCCACAGAACGCCGUCAGCAAUCUGCUCUGAUUCCCCGUAUGCUGUAUGCCACCACCACGGGAAAACCACUGACCAAUCCCCCCACUACCAAGGCUCCAAUUAACCCAUACAAGCCGCGCAAGCAGUUCAGGAAAUCAUUUAGACCAACGCCAGCAUCCGAGGAGUUCAACAAUCGCAAGAUACGCAAAAUAGAGAUGCCAGCCAGUGCUGUCGCUCGAUCCAUUGAAGAGGAGUCCACUUCCAGGCAUUGGUCUUUGAACGACAAUUGGCUGGUGCGCAAGACUCUCGAUAAUGUCAAGGGUUACUUCAGCAAAAAGCCAUCGACCUUCAAAAAGGCGCACAGCGAAAAGUAUCCGCAAUAUAAAUGGGUUAGGCCGCUGGCAGCCUUGCCCCAAACAGAGCCACUUGAGGCGUCGACCACCAGCACAAGCACAGCUGCGCCGAUGCCACAUAUGCUGAGCAUUGCCUCGACGGAACUAUUAAAUUUGGAUCUUGGCAACGCUACAAACGUCUACGAAGAUGAAGAUCUACAAUUACGACUGAUGCUGACCACCGCUGCCGCCACAACCAGCACCACAUCGACGCCAGAACCCAUUGAGACCACGACAGCACCGCCCCUGACUUCCGCCUCUGCCGCCACGAAUCCUCCUUCCACAACAGAUGCACCUGCAAGCAUGUCCACCUCUUCAGAGGCAUGGGAAGAAGCGGCCAGCGAAGAGACUACCGCAAUCAUGGAGGAGACUUCUGCUACUACUGCUGCCUCCAUUAGCUCCGUCAGCACAGAUGCAGCCACAUCCUCAGCCACAAUAGCUGAAGAUCUGUCCAGCACAGAGGCUGGAAGCAGCGAGUCGUCUUCAACGGAAGCCUCAAGUGAGUUGUCAACGACCACCCAGAGCAGUGAUUACACAGCGGAGGAGCCGCUAGCCGAAUCAAGUGGGCAAACCUCCAUCUACGGUCUCGAUAAGAACUCGUUGAUAAUGCGCUUGUUACGAGCCAGAACAAAUCAAAAUGUUUUCAUUUAAAAAUUUCGCCUUAAGUUAAGUUGUUUUUAAGUCUGUUAAAUAAAAU